CUGUACUAUACAAGACUUCAAAAGCCACUUUCUAAACCUCGGAUACAUUCUCUGAUCUAUUCUUAUCAAAGUGCCAAUUCCAUGCGGCUGUCAAUGUUCCGAAGUUCUGUACGCUCUGGCCAAGCUGGAGAUCCCACGAUUUCCACCCACUCAAACGUCUCGCUGUUGAAAAUGCCCUCAAGAACGUGCGCAUUUCAAACGAUUCUGAAGCCGCAAGCUAAGGGAUCGACCCGAGGUGGCGGCUCAAUCCAAUCUGCAUGAUGUUUCGAAACGAACUUGAGCCACCGACAGCCUUCGGCUUGUAUCACAGUCGUCAUCACUUACCUUGGCGCGUUUGGAAUGUCUAGGAUAUUAGUGCCUUUGAACAUUUCCGCAUACUCUUACUCUCUCUCUUCCUUCAUUUUUGACUUUACGUAUUUUGGAUUUUCGGCGACAGUGCAGCGUUUUUAUUACCAUAAUGUUGUCGAAGUCUCUUCUUGCAGUUGCGUUCGCCGGCGCCGCAACAGCCGUCACACCUCCUGGCUUUCAGCCAGCUUCAAAUGGAGAAUUGAUUGUUGCUUUUGGGAAUACUUUGGCGUUGAAUGGAAAGGAGUUGACGAAAGCGGAGACUGCACAAGUACCAACGAUUGGAACGACACAACGGUUAAUGGGAACAUAUGCCGUCAUGAUGGUAGAUCCAGAUAUUCCUCCUCAGAUAGUAGGGGGACCAACAGGCGAGCUCCUUCACUGGAUGCAGCAGGGUCUCACCUCAGCGACGACAGCUACGAUGAUCGGUGGAAUGAUGGUUUUCGUCCUCAGCAGCGCGAGCAACGAAACUGCAUUCGCGCCAUAUUUUGGGCCUUCUCCACCCAACAAAGUACCAAAUACGCACAGAUACACACAACUACUUCUCGAUACAUCAGGAUCGAACAACAGCCUGGUAAUCUCUCAAUUAAGGCAGGCCGCAGCCACAAGAUUGAACUUCAAUGCCGUCAAUGUGGUGAGAGCAGCAGGCGUGCCAAUAUUGGCAGGGAAUUCCUUCAAUGUUUCAAACGGCACUUCAACAACAACAAACGGCACAUCUAGCAGUGGCUCGUCAGGCAGUAUCCCGGCCGCGGCUCCCAUAAACUCAGCUACUUUGGUUCCAGCAAACAUCACAAAAGUUACGCCAAGCGCGCAACAACCUGGUGGUGCGGCUGCUACUGGUACCGUUCCUGCUGCCAGUUCGAAUGGGACUGGAUCGGGAUCGAACACAAGUACGCCAUCACCAACACCAGGGACUUCGGGAUUCGGGCAGAGUGGUGGAGGGGCUUAUGUUGCUGGAUUGAUAGCACUGGCUGCUGCUUUGUUUUUGUUGUAAAUAAAUAUUCUAAUACCAUC